GUGGUGUGGAGAAUCGAGUAUUGAGUCAUUGUAUGAAUGAAUGAUUGGUGUAGAACUGCAGAUGCCAGACAUACAAGUGUGGAUUACACCCCGUUUAGGUGCUUGUACUGGAAGCAACAUAUUAGCGGCUGAUGGUGAGAAGGGCUUUAGUUCCAAACAGUUUGUCACAGCGCGCGGAUUAACCGGAAGAUCUCUGCUUAAAAAUAUAAUUCUUGUGUGGGGGAUAGUAACAUCGGCGAAGUUCAAGAGUGCGAAAGUUUCGAUUGCCUAGUGCUGUGAUACAUAGAAUACCUACUCCUAAAUUCACACUUCAGUUCAAGUGUCAACAUCGAUCAAUAUAAAAUAGUACUAAGUCAUAAUGGUUGAAUAUCUCAAAAAGAUUUCGGGUUUAUCGUCUUGCCACCUGGAAGAUAGCAGUGAACUUACGACGGAAAUGGAACUCCAGCAGCGCUCGGUCCCGGUACAUCACAAUCAUGGCACGGAUCAGUUCUGCCAAAAACGGCGUCAACAUCACUGCAUUCAGCAACACAAUAAUAACCUGUACCUGACAAAGGCAAUCAUGAGGCGAUUGAAAAAAACGCAUAAGCGAGUGGAAACUCGACGGAUGGCUUCAAUUUUCUUUUUACUGUACGAUUCGGUUGCAGUUUUACUAUGCGUGUUUUCCGUGGUGCAAAGUCGACCCGCUCCUAGUUCGGCGUACUGGUACAACCCAUGCCAUCACAAUGUCAACAACCAGCUGCCUUCGUAUAGCGGAUACAAUUUCACAAAUCAAGACAUGAGCCGGAUGAAAGAUCAACUCAACACAUCCUAUUUGACAGUUGGAGAAUCGGUGAAAAACUUUUUUAUAUUGCAGACAGAACAUUUGUUUGGAGCCAAAUCGGUGCGCAGGUUUAUGGAUGAUUGGUGGACGAUGGGCAUGAAACAUGUCCAGUGGCUGCAUCUGGGGCUCGGAGAUCCGAAACAGUACGCGAACGAUACCUACGAGAAAAUAUAUGUGGAACUAAAUCCCAAGGAGCUGAUCGAGGUGCAUAAGGAAUUCUACGAUCUGAUGAAGAUAUCGUUCCGUCGUUACGUUCGUAUUGCCAAGGCAAUCGAUCAGAUGAAGCUCGACAUGUUGCAAACACGCGCAUCUUACCCUAAUAAUGACCAAUCGUUAUUGGACAAUGUCCGCGAGGAAGUUCGUAGACAUGUAAAACAAGUGCUAUGUGAAAUUUAUGAAUGCAUACUCAAAAUUGAUCACGACUUUGUUCAACAAAUUUUGGAAGAGAAUGAAAUGCUGGAAAUUAAAUCGGAUUAUUCGGACGAGUCGCAUCGUUUAUUACGAGAUGGUUUCAUCUACGGAGAUCUUCUAGUUAAUCUUGAUCAUAUCUUACAGUUUAUAAGAGCGUAUGAAGUAAUCACUGCCCGAAAAUAAAUUUAUAUCGCUUUCAUUUUGCUUUAGCUUUUCUCGAUCACUACUAGGUUCUCUUUGUUAAAAUUGCUCAAAGCUUUUUUGUGAUUUUUGUUUUUUAAAAACACUUUACUGAUAAUUAAAGUGUAGACCAAAUAUACAAAUUGUACGAGACAGUAUUUAUAUUAGUUGUUAAGGAAUCUAAUUUUAUUCGAGCCAUCAUCAUAGCAAUAGUCAAAUUUGAGCUAAGAAUAGUAACUUUUAACGAAAGUGAACUUUUAGGAUCCUCGCCAUAACAUAUUAUAUUUUUAUCCAGUACCAUUUAAGUUAUACAUCAUCAACUUAAUUUAUUUAAUUAUUUAUUGAAUAUUGCUCAUUGCAAGACACUUGCAGAACUAUUUAUUUCUAGGAACAACAUAAUUUGCUAGUUAAUAAUGAACAGAAUUAAUUUUAGUUUCAACGUCAGAUUGAAAGAGAAAUUUUACUUAUUGAAGAUCAGCUAGGGAACCCUGAAGUCUGCAUUAGCUUAUUUAUUAAAUGAUGUGAGGAAAAACAAUGAAUAAUUUAAAUUUGAUCCAUAUGAUAGAAUUAGUAAAAAACAUUAAUAUUGUAUUAUCUCGCAUGACAAGAUAAAUCAUACUUGUAAUAAAUAACCCGAACAGUAAGAAAAAAAUUGCUGUCGCAGUGAAAGAAAAAUUCAAAAGGCGCUCAAAAGAAAUCGAAAAACAGAUCAUCCGAUGUACUAAGCGAGUUAAAACAAUAAACUAUAGAUAACGUGCUGAUUCAGAUAAUGAAAUUCCAAUUUCAAUGCCAAAGACUUGUAAAAAUAUCUAAUUGGAAAGACAAUUUGUGUGUAAUGAGGAAAACGAUAAUUCGUACGAUUGUACCUUUGUAUUAUUGUAUUUGUAUUCUAGCCAG